AUGCGAGCCGCUAGAAGAAAAGAGGAAUCGGUCAACUCGGCCAACAAACCAAAGCAACCCUUUGAUGUGAACAGACCGACAGCGCUCGACAUCUCGGUGACGGGUUACUUUUUUGCUCCGAAGAGCAUUCGAUGGCUGCUGUUGCUGUUGUGUGCUGUGGUUUUGAUUGAGGACCAAACCAACCAUCCGCCCCAACGAACAACGACGACUGACGAUGACGAUGCGGAAAAGACAACUUGCGUUGAUGAGACUUCAAAAGCUUCAGGAGAUGGGACAACCUUGCACAAGACGAAUCAUGAAACAACAAGCGCA